GAAACCGGAAAUCUUUGCAAGCUGGGAACUUCGGCAUGAAAAAUGCUAAGGUGGUUAAAAGUUGACGAGUAUCUUUAGGUUUAAUUUAAGUUGUUAAAGCGUUAAUAUUUCCUCAAAAUGUCCAAAAUACAGCUGUUGAAUCUGUUUAUCACCGAACGGUUAACAACGGCAGCUGUUGAGCUAUUUGGAGAAAAUAAAACCGAGUACCAUGACCGAUUAAAAGCAGCGGCAGUUGAUAUAUUCAGGAUAGUGGAAAAGACGAUAAUAGAGUACUUGGAAGAGAUAUCCAGCUCAAAGCAGGAGAAUGGUCGUCUACGGAGGAUUCUUCUGGAUUUGGGAGCAGACCCCCAGCAGCUAACUCGGGAGAUUCCCCCUAAGCAGCAACAACAACCACACUGUGAGCAGGAGUGGAGCCCCAGUCGGGUGCAGGAGGACACAGAGCACACAUUGAUUACAGAGAAACAGGCGGAACUCAAGGCCAGUCAGGAUACCACAGAGGUCACACAGUUUAUAUUUCCUCCUCCCUAUGUGGAAAGUGACUGUGAUCAGGACAGUGAAAAGGACCCUCUACCCACCAACACCACUGUCGGAAUCAAAACAGAACCCGAUGAUGGCGAGGACUAUGGAGUAUCAGAACCAAUCAUUGACUCUCAGCCCCUCUCUGAACUAGGUCUACAUCCAGACUCUAAAGUCUGCACUGAGGCCAAGAUAACCAGUGAGCUGAAAGCACCGUUGAGGGCUCACACAGAGAAGCGGUUACACAUGUGUACUGUGUGCAGAAAAAGCUUCACCAGGGCAGGCCAGUUAAAAAUACAUCAGAGAAUUAUUCACAUCGGUGAGAAACCAUACAGCUGUACUGAAUGUGGCAAAUCAUUCAACCACAAGGAAAUCCUGGACAGGCAUAUAAACACUCACACUGGAGUGACACCAUACAAAUGCCCUGUGUGCAGUCAAUGCUUCAUUAGCAGAAGCCAUUUAGGAAAUCACCGGAAAAUUCAUCAGAAAGAUGAAAAACCAUAUAAGUGCAAAGAAUGCUCCAGGUCCUUCAAAGGCAAGGGAGCUCUGGUCAGGCAUAUGAAGACUCACAAUGGAGAGAAACCUUAUCAAUGUUUUGAGUGUGACAAAGGCUUCACACGUCAGGGACACCUGACAGAGCAUAUGAGAUCCCACACAGGAGGGGAGAGCCUAUUUAAAUGUCCUGUGUGUGAGAAAUCCUGUAUAUCAGCCGUGGUUCUAAAACGCCAUCAGCUAAUUCACACUGGAGUGAAACCAUGCAGCUGCCAGGAGUGCGGAAAAAGCUACAGUCUGAAGGCAACACUAAAAGAGCAUAUGAGGAGUCACACAGGGCAACGACUUCAGUGUCCUAUGUGCGAAAAAUGUUUCACAUUUAAAGCAGGUCUAAGACAACACCUAAAAACUCACAAUAGAGAGACACCAUACGUGUGCAGCGAUUGCAGUCAAAGUUUCAGCCGUAAAUCGGACUUGAUAGGACAUAUGCGCACUCAUACAGGAGAGAGAUUAUUCCGGUGCCUUCUAUGUGAGAAAUGCUUUAUAUCAGACUGUGAUUUAAAACGCCACCAGCGGAUCCACACUGGUGAGAAACCAUACAGCUGCAAGGAAUGCGACAAAAGCUUCACUCUUAAGGGAGGCCUGAAAACGCACAUGAAGAUACACACAACACGAAAACCCUACUGCUGCCAUGAAUGUGGCAAAUGCUUCCUCCACAAUACGAGACUGACAGACCACAUGAGGAGCCACACAGGUGAGCAGCCGUACAGGUGUGAUGUCUGCGGGAAAUGCUUUGUCUAUUCGAGCGAUUUGAAAAAGCAUGAGAGAAUUCACACAGGUGAGGAACCAUACAGGUGUGUUGAAUGUAACAAAUGCUUCAACUACGAGGGCAAUUUGCUAAGCCAUAUGAGGGUACACACAGGGGAGACAGGAGAGGAAGGAGAGGAGCCUCCAGCGUAUCUCUGCAGCGAUUGCGGCAAAAGCUUCCAUCAGAUGCGAAACCUUAAGCAGCAUAUGAAGAGUCACAAACAGAAGGCAAUGCUGCAGUGCACUAUGUGUGAAAAAGCUUUUCCAAAGGAAAGCCAACUCAAACUCCACGAGAGAAUUCACACUGGAGAGAAACCGUACCUGUGUAACACUUGUGGGAAAAGCUUUAGCAGGAAGGAACACCUGAAUGGUCACAUGAGGACUCAUUCAGGGGAGAAACCAUACAUGUGUCCUUCGUGUGGUAAAUGCUUUUUAUCAACAAGCGAUCUUAAACGCCAUCAGAGAAUUCACACUGGCGAGAAACCAUUUCGCUGUAACUAUUGCGAUAAAUGCUUCAAUCAGAUGAGUUCCCUGAAAUCACACAUGAAUAACAUUCACAAGAGGGAGAGCAUGUAGUUCUCGGUCAGGUGUAAAAUGUGUCCAUCAAAAGAUGGAUAGGCUCAUUGCAACUGACACUGUUGUGCCUGUCAGAGAACACACUGUACAUAUGAAGAGUUCACUUGUUUUAUAAAGACUUUACCAGCGGUUAAAGUAUAAUUCAUUUCUUCCCACUACCGGACCUACAUGUACGUGUGCCUAUAGACCCAAUAAAUGUAUCGGCCUAAUCAUAGAAUUCCUAUUAAUUCAAAAGGAUGUCUGUGGACCUAGUGAAGAUUUUUCAUAACUUUUAAAAUGUAUUAACUAGUAUUGUGGUAUAAACACAACCAGUCAUGAUGUUUUUAUCUGAUUGUCAAUCACUUCAAAGGGCUCCAAGCUCAUCCACUCAACAUAUUUCCAGCCUCCAAACCAGUGGUUGGUUGACUUGGGCAGGACCUCACCGGAACUGAGUACUGGUACUUCAAAUGUUCUACUGCUUGAGCUCCCGUUCCUCAUAGAAUAUUAGCUCAAAAGUACCGGAUCCUAUUUCAGUCCAAGUCGAGCACUGUUCCAAACAGUGGUGACUGGAAAGAGUCAUCUGUUACACAAAACACCAAAAAGUCUAAUGACAUUUGGUGAUUGUCAUUAGGCCAGAAUUGAUGUGUCCACUGCUGUCCGCACGUGUCUGUCGGCCACUCAUCUCUACCUUGGCAAAAUGUCAGUGUUCUCAUCUGACCACAUCGCAUAUUGGAGCAUAGGCUAUACCACCAGUUUAAGUCCAUUUGCUAAUUUUCUUGACAUUUUGUUUUAAUCAUUGUGAUAGGUUCAUGUUUAACUGGUACGGCGUACCCAAACUAUUUAUUUUGCUGGGACGCCAUACCGCACCACCUUACUUUCACACCUGCUGUUUACUAAAUAUGUCUGAUUAAAAUUGUAAUUGAAUGACUA